AUGCCGAUGAAAAUCUGCCUCGUUGGGGAUAAAGGAGUUGGGAAGUCCUGUAUCGCUCAGCGACUGAUUCAUGAUGAGUUCAACAAACAAGUGAAAUCGACUAUAGGGAGGGUAUUUUUUCACAAAGAACUGACCAUGAAGGAAGGAACCUUCACCGUGUACAUAUGGGACACAGCCGGAGAAGAAAGGUAUCUAGCCUUGGCACCACUGUACUACAGAAAUGCAUCCGCCAUCGUGCUUGUUUACGACAUCACCGACGAAGAAUCAUUCAGUAAUCUACAAAAGGUCUGGGUUCCUGCGGUUCAGUCCUGUAGCGACCCCAACAUAGCUCUAGCCGUAGUGGGAAACAAAUUGGACCUUGAAGAGACGGGUCGAGGCGUAUCGACGGAGGAAGCACGAGGUUACGCUGAUAUACUGGAAGCCGUCUUCUUAGAAACGAGCGCCAAGACGGGUCACAACGUGGAGAGAGUAUUCACUGAAUUAGUUCUGAGGAUCUCGUCUUCCCAAUUGAAAGAUGAGGAAGAGAAACUGAAGACUUCGAUCAAGGUCUCGGACUGGGACAGUAAACCUGUAAAGAAACACAAGUCAUCCUGUAAUUGCCACCGAUGA